AUGGCUCUACAUCUCAUGCCGAAGGAGGAGUCACUCCGCAUGGCAGGACCUCCUCCUACUUGGGGCUAUGAUAACUACCUUGACGCAGAGCCUCCCAUGAGCUUCUUUCGCAACGCGCCGCAUGACAGCCCGGCCUUCUUCUCGACCGAACUGGGUCGCAAGGCUCGGCGAUUUGAGAAGCCGUCCACCCCUCGAGACAUCCACGCGUGGACGGCCCACCAGAUCCAGUCCGCCGUUGAUCGGGUUGGCACGGACUGCUGGGAAAUCCGCAAGGCCAUUCGCAAGCCGCAGCAUUACGGCGAUUUGUACACAUACUGGGAUGCCUAUGACCUGUAUUACAUGGGUGUCCAGAAUGCCUGGAACGUACUCAACUGCCUGUACCUGGAGACUCAGAAUGCUCUUCCCGGCAUCAUCGAGAAGGCUCGCAUCAUCUUUGGGGACUGGUGCAUCAAGCUCCUGAACAACCCGUCAUGCAGAGCUAAGCUUUACUACUGGAGCCAAGAGAAGGUAGCUGACGUCCUGCACGUCUUCGAUGCGACGGAGAAGAUGGAUCUUCAGGGCAUUGAUAUGUUCUGGCUGCCGGCUGUUCGCGAUCUUCUCGUGCAUGCCCAUAAUUCUCUGCAUAUGGGCACUUGGCCUGAAAUUGACGACCAUGGUCUUGAUCAGCUUGAUGCCAGCGAAGACUCACCUCCGUCAAUUGCCUCCCAGAUCACAGCCAUCGAGAGACACGCCUUCCAUGUCCCGGAAAUGCCUCUGAGUUUCACUGCAAGCAGGGAGAUCAAGGGUGUCAUGAUCGCCGAUGGCACGUCGGCGACAGCAGCAAAGGUCUUGAAGGAACAGGCUGAAAGUGGUGGUGCUGUGCCUGAGUCUUCUGUGCCUUCACCGCGCACAAAGAAGAUGUUGGACGCUGUUGCCAGCACUGGCAAUGGGUCGUCACCGGCCUCCAGCCAUGAAGAGUCGGUUGAGGGUCUGACACACACAAUUCACGAUACACAUAUCGUCUUGGCUGGUCCUUCUUCGGGUAGCGGAUCACCUACAAAGCGCCCAAAUCCCAUGAGGCCGGAACCCGCUGGCCCAAUCUACAAAGACUCUCCAUCUGAGUGCGAUGACCAGAACAACGGCUCUGAGCAGUCUCGAUCUGAUUUCAUUCACAGGAAGUCACCCACCAGCUCUAUCGACGGACCUCCAGCUGGCAGACUGGAUGCCAUCCCUGAGCCUAUCUACUCAGGCCCCCUGACCCAGCCGGUGCCAUACAAGCAAGCUAGCCACCAAGUCACCCCAAACCAAGAAGUUGUUCAAGAUCCUAGGUUCCGAAACCAAGUCCCGGCGUCCGAAGAGAACCUGGCCCAGUACGAUCAGGGCCUGUACGGCGUGGUCAACUCUAGUCACUGGUACAACCGUCAGCUGAGCACCGGUAAGGUAAUGGAUGCACAAUCUCUGCAGCGCCCUGUGGCCGGCAUGGAAGCCAAUGAAUGGCAGUCCACAAAUCAGCCAGGCAUGCCGCUUCAUGAGCCCUCAGUCUCUCAGUUAUUUCGCGAGGCCCGUCGGCCUCAAACUCUUCAGAGAAAGGAGGACAAUGCAAAGUGGCAGCCGGGCAAUGUCAACAAUUUGCAUGGCAAAGACUUGCAUGGCCCUACUGUCCACCGUUUGCCCAGCAAGAAACAGGACGGGCCUAUGCAAAGUUACCCUUCCCAGUUCCACAACCCCGUGCCGCCUCAUGCGCGCAGCCGGCAGCUUAACAACGGGUUCCCUGCCGCCACUCUGGAACGAUCGUUUGCAGACCGUCGUCUGAGCCACACGCAGUCCACCAUGCCACCCCAUGAGUUGUAUCGACCCGAUCAAGCCCCCAUCAGCAAUUCGUCACACGCUGCAGGGCUCCGAAGCUCCCGAUCGCCUGGCUCUUUCCCGAGAGACCGACGGGACACCACAUUGAGUUAUCGACCGGCCGACGGGGACGAGUGUCUGAAUUAUGCGGCCAAGAUGUCGCCGGAGAGAGCUUUUCACUCGUACCAAGCAUGCCCAUGCCUUGAAUGCUACACCAAAGACUGCAGUGUCUUUAUCGGGUCUCUUUACGAUGGCGUGAUGGACUCCCCUACAGCCAUGCGGAAGAUGCACGACGUUUUCUCUAAGUUCGGACUCAUUGUCCACACGGCCUCCAAGACUCUUGGUCGUGCUCUCCUGAUCCAGUAUACCAACCCGAACGACGCUUUCGCUGCCAUAGAACAGAUGAACAACAAGCCGAUCGAAGGGAUUAGCCGAUCUGCUCUUCAUGUCAGUCACCCUAUCGGGUCCCGAUACUUCCGGCCUUGGAUCAAGGACCGCCCGAGGAAGUUCAGUCCCGAAAAUGGACGCGGUUUUGCACCUCAUCGUGCCAAACCCGACUUCAUCCCUCCUCAUCGCCGGGACAUGCUGCCGGUGCCGUCUCGAGUUGGUGACCGCCAGUCCCAGCCACUUCUUUCUGACCACCCAUUGGCCACUGACCUGGUCCCUCUCGACCGGCAUCCUUGGCAGAACAGAUCCCUUCCCACCAAUGUCUUCAGCGAUGCCUCUGGUGCUGAAGGGUUAGACCAAUUUUAUGCUUUUGGCCGUUCGAACAUCCUCAACGGCGCUGCAACAGUUGAGGCUCUGAAGCAGCAAGUCUUUGAUUCGCCACCAAAGAAUCGCCUACCGUCGCCCCUCCCUGAAGCGAUUCAGACAGGAAAUGCACCUUCCGAUAUGCAGCAGAACCCGAGAGCCCCGCAUCCAAUACUCGACUCGAUUGAUAACUUCGCAUUGACAGAGACUGAAGAAUCUCCGUUGAUGCCCACUCGGGGCUAUCCCGCCACACAGACCGCUGAGCUUGACUCGGAAGCGCAGACCAAGGCGUCUUCUGAUGUGAUGCCUGGCUCGCCGUCUGCUGCUAACAUCUCGCCAGUACUGAGCUACGCAUCUGCCGUAAAGACACCCAUCUCACCAAAGGGAAACAGGGUUCCAGGUCCAGUGGGUAGCAAGAAGGCUGAAAGCUGUUCUGAUUCGUGGCCUGAUGAGCUCAGGCAUCAUGAUCAAAUAGAAACGACUAGGCGUGCGCACUCAAGCGAUCCUUCUGUCAUCGAGGGUUCGGAUUUGCCAACUCUAUCCACUGAUGUCAGUCCGCACGGCCCAUCCCAGAACAUUCAGAAUAUGUCAGGGAAGAGCACUGCUUCUAGCCCCAGGGACGAUCAUGUUUCCAGCUAUGGCACAGUCGUCCGCCGUCCGCAGCAAGCAAGCCGAAGUCAGCUCCCUUGGAAUGAGUAUGUCCCUGCCGCGAGUAAUGGCCAGCCCGACUUGGCAGCGAGUCGCGGCCCUGUCUCUCAUGGCAUCCAGCAGCCUUUCCAGCACCAGUAUCCUCCCAGCGGAGGCAAGAGCAAGAAGUACAAGGGCAACACGAAGCACAAGACUUUCGACCCCACUCUGCCUGGUCCAUAUACGAAACAGAAGCGUGAUGUUGAUACGACGCAGCCUGGAAGCUCGUCCGGUCAGGCUGAGAAGGAUGUAUCUCUAUACCAGACCCCAUACUUCCAGGCUCAGUAUGUGGCAUUCGGGCCGAUGCCCUCGAGCGGUGAUCCUGAUACGCGGCCUAUCACCAACCAACAGACCCGGGUCGAUAGUCAGUUGAGACAACUCGGGAGCGAGCACCCCAACCCGUUGGCUUGCCAUCCAGUGUAUCCGACCCAGCAGAGACAACAGGGCUAUGCCUGGAGCACGACUGCAUCUCAACGAUCAACAGAAGGAACUAAGCAAUUCCCACCUUACCAAGACCCAUGCAUCGCGCCACCGUCAUCUUCGCCACGUAGUCUGGCUCAGGUCACAGCCGAAUCAGGCGAUGCCCAGGACAGUCGUACUCCGAUCCACACGCCCCGACACUCGAGAGGUGGCAGCAUUGCAUCGGCGACUAGUGGUCCCGACACAAGUGGUGGACAGAAGUCGCUCAAGCUUGACCCGACAACUGCCGUAUUCGUCUCUCCGAUGCUGUCGCAUGCCGGAGGUCAGUUGAGCGCUGCGCCCGUCGAGAUGACUGCCAAUGACGGACCGGCUGCUAAGGAUAACAAAGGCAAAGGCGAACAUCCUGACAUUCCUGACCAAGCCCCGUCACAGCCUGCGGCCUCACACCAGGCGAAGCCAUCGCAUAGUCGACAGCCACCGAGCGACGACAAGAAGCACGCUUCUGGCCCAAAGGUUAGUGAGAACAGGGCCAGUUACGAAGACGAAUUUCCGUCUCUCUCCGGAUCUGCUGACUCACAACAGCAGGGAAGGAAGAAGGACUUCAAGCACCAUCGUGGAACGGCGACCAAGGGGCCUUGGAACAACUACAAGGGCUCUCCAGCUAGUUCGCAGCCUGGACCCUCCGAUAUGAACAAGAUUGCUGAAGGCGAAGAUGCCGCUCGCUACCAAACAUCAGCACCGAAGACCGAGAAUAGCGUAUCUUCGACAUCAGAAGGCAAACGCGAGGAUCCCACCACUCCCAGCCUCAAGAGUGACGACAAGGGACCAAGCGCUGCAGUUGUCCCCAGAGACAAAGAGCAACCCCGACCCCAGCGUCGAGAGGAUACACCGGUCUCUACCUCGUCGCUAGCCCCCGAGAGCACACCAGACGAGCAGCAGCCCAUCGCCGGCAAGUGUAGCCAGGGGAGGUCUGGGCCCAAGAGCAAGAAGACCAAGGCCAAGCAGAAGAUGGCGGCCGUCACGCCGACGCCGCCCUCCACCACCAACCGCAUGCCGACCCUUUCAGGCGACGAGUUUCCAGAGCUCUCGGGCAGCGCGAGCAGCGGCCAGAAGGCGGCCCUGAGAGCCGCACAGCCUCCGCCCGUUGGCGCAUGGGGGAAGAACCCACCCCGUGCGAUCUGGGAGCCUGCCGGCACCCCUGCUGCCGCCGACAUCUCACGAGAGGCCCCGCCUGCUCCUCCUGCAGAGGCGGCUGCUGGUCCUGCUGACCCGCAGCGUGAACGAUCCCGCACGCCUCCUUCACAACAGCAGGAAGGGGCCGAUGACGACAGUGGUGAGGAUACCACAGACUUGAAAUCGUACCCGGAGACGCUGGGACAGGGCGACGGGCGAAAGGGCGGCUAG